AAACGGAGUGGACAAUGAGUGUGAAUAUCGUCGAGAGAAAUUUGUGGGGGAUGUAGAAAAUUCAGACUUCGCUAGAGUUUCCAUGAACAUAAUUGUCUGUCCGGAUUGCAAGGGGACAGAGAAUGUGACAGACUACGCCGCGGGGGAUGUCGUCUGCAUCGAGUGUGGGCUGGUUCUGGAGUCUCAUUAUGUGGACAACGCGCCGGAAUGGCGUACGUUUGUGGACGGAGCGAAGGAUCGAGACCAAGUUGGUGAUUCGUACAAUGACCUGCUACCAGACGGUGGCAUCUCCACAACCUUGAGACACGUGAAGGGAAAAUCCAUUUCUUCGUCGCUCGAGCGUGCAGAAUCUCGAGUUCCCGAUGGGAACACCAGUCGGCUCCUGUCUAGGUUCGCCAGAUGUGCUUCUAUGGCUUCACGACUGGGUUUGGUCCCAAGCAUUCAGACCAGAGCUUCCGAAUACUAUGAGAAGGUAACGAACCUGAAUCUAGCUAAAGGGAAAUAUCAAGAUGCCGGGCUGGUUUGCUGUUUGUACUUCGCGUGUCGUCAGGAAGGCAUAACCCGCUCGCUACAGGAAAUUUGCUCGGUUGCAGAAGGUACUUCGCGGAGGGAAGUAGCAAAAACUUUAUUCCGCAUCUUGAAACACAUGAAGAAAGAUCUGGGACUGGGCAGGUCCAUCAAUGCAACAGAAUUCGUCAGUCGUUUCUGCUCACUGCUAGAGUUGGAUUGUAUAGCGAAAUUAGCAGCCACAGAAAUCGUCCUGAUGGCUGACAACCGGCUUGACUUGAGGAGAAAGCCCAGUUCUGUGGCUGCCACUGCAAUAUUCAUGGUUACCCACCUUCAAGAAGCAGGGAAGAGAUCUAUUGAAGAGAUCAUUAGAGUUUCUGGAGUGUGCAGAGUGACAAUAUGUGAUACUUAUGUAGAAUUCCGCCGUCAUGCCUCCAUGAUCAUUCCGGCAUGGUUUGCCAGCCACGAACAGCUCAGAGAUCUUCCACCUCCUCGACCCAAACGACGAUUUGCUAAAUUAACAAAAGGAAAGUUGGAAUCGGCUUCGCCCUCCACAACCACACCCCUCUCGACAUGAGUUCCGAGUCCACAACAGAAAAGGAGAAAUGGAGAAUCUUCCUAACAUGUCUCACCGCUGUCAAAUCUAAGAGAAUCAUCUGGUUCGACUGCAUGCACACUACGUGCAUGCAAUCCCAUCAAAUUAUGUUCUUAGCAGCAGCACAAAUUUAGGAGUAGUCUCUCCUAUCCGCAAGAGGUUUGCAGUGAACCUUUUAGCUUGAACGUUUCAUAACAAAGCGACAGGAGGCCAUGAAGUAAAAGAUGACUGCAGACAUCGGCUCGACAACCAGCGCAAUGGCUCUGAGAAACAAACACAUCAUCCUAAAUCGCACUGCUGCGAUCCAGGAUGAUGCAACUAUGCUUACCUUGCAACUGGUUUCGUCAACUCGAGAUAUUACAAUUUCUGUUACUGUACUUGACAAUCAUGCUUAAAUCAUAGCAAGAUUUGG